CGCCCACUCCACCCCCCUCUCCUCCCUCCUUCCCUCCCCUCCCUCCCUCCCUCCCCACCCGCAAAGCCCCCUAUUCAGCGAGGAAACCCGGGAGUGCCCUGCGCUGCCCUGCCUUUGUGCCUGCGAGUUGUUGCGUAUGUGUAUGUAUGCUAAGACAAGCAACAGUUGCACCCCAGAUAGGACACGGGAUCCUGAUCUUACACACAAGCAACACACCCACAAGACCAAGAAAAAUAACGCUCCUAAUCACUUCUUGACGUUCGUCUUACGUUACCCAGAGGCUUGACCAACCCCACCAUGGCGGCGAAGACGACGAUUCGAGUGCCGCACCUGGGCGGCAUCGAGGCCGGCUACGCCUUCUCGGGCGGGGGCUACGACCCGGCCAAGCCGACGUGCGUGCUCAUCAACUCGAUGUGCACGACCGUGUCGCUGUACCGGGACCAGUUUGCGGACGAGGCGCUCACGUCGGCCGUCAACCUGCUCGCCAUCGAGCCGCUCGGCCACGGCGCCACCCGCUGCCCGACCGAGCACUUCACCUACUGGGACUCGGCCGUCAUGGCCCUGCAGGUCCUGGACCAGCUCGGCAUCGACCGCGCCUUCGCCCUCGGCACCAGCCAGGGCGGCUGGAUCGUCACCCGCAUGGCCCUGCUGGCCCCGGACCGCAUCCGCGGCCUGGUCCUGCUCGGCACCUCGAUGGACUACGAGUCAGCCGACUCGCGCGCCAAGGGCUGCUGGGACCCCAAGACCCUGCUGGCCUCCUUCUACGACAAGUGGGCCGCCCCCUCGGGCCCGAACCCGGACGACUUCGUCGUCGACGACGUCUGGUGCGGCAUGGUCGCCUCCCUCGGCUUCGGCGCCGCCGGCACCCCCGACCUCGUCUCCUUCUGGACCAGCACCCUCAAGGACGUCUACAGGGGUGACGAGGGGAGGCGCAAGCUCAAGAUGGCCCUCGCCUGCCUGCUCGACCGCGACGGCCUCUGCCGCAGGGUCAGGGACAUCACUUGUCCCGUCUACUGGCUUCAGGGAUCCGACGACGCGCCCUUUGGGACCACGGUGCCAGCCGAGCAGAUCAAGCUGUUCACCUCGUCCAAGGAGGCCACUCUCACCAUCAUCCCCGGGGGCAAUCACUACCUGAACGCCACAAACCCCAAGGAGGUCAGCGAGGCCUUGCUCAAGCUGGUCAACAAGUACAAGUGAAAGAAUCGUCCUCGACGCAACUAGAGAACAAACAUAGAAACAUACCUAAUAUCCAACGUGCACUGUGACCCCCCGCAGCCGAGUCAAUAAUUAUCUCCCCUUUUGCACCCCUUCCCCCCUCCUCCUAGAGUCCUCUCCCUCUAUUGCUUAAUUAAGCUCCGAAUGCCCUCUUUUGAAGACACAGCGGCAAGUCUGUUAAAAUCAUGUGGAACAUUUUUUGCGGUAUUAUUGCUGCAGAAUUAUGGGGGGCUCGGCGGCUCGGCCGACUCAGGAUGAAGACCGUGUUCCAGCUCCAUCUCACAUUAGUGUUCUCGAGUCGUGUGGAAU